AUGCGCCUGCGUUGCACACCGAGCCUUUCGCACCAGCGAAGCCGAAGCCUCGGCCUCGGCGUCGCGACCCGUUGCUUCGGCGCGGAAGGUCGAUUGCACACGCGGCUGCGACUUCAACAAAACCGCACCGCUGGAGAGGCGGAGGACUUGCAGCGGCAGCGGCAGCUGAGCGAGGCGUCCCGGCGGGCCAUGUCGAUCGACUACUGCCGAGAACAAGGCAGUAAUGCCAUGAUGCGCUGGCUCCGCGGCACGCCCAUCGACGUGAAUUACGACUUCCGCCGCUGGCGCAAGCAUCAGGUGGCCACGCGCCAUAUCCUUCUUUGGUCGCCGCGCAAUGCCUUGAGGUGGGAUUUGCUGCGACGACUUCUCUUCCCGGACCUGGCCUGGCUUGGGCUGAACAGCAGCCUCCUAUGCCUCUACAAUGUACAUUUGAUGGCCACGGCUUCACCAAUACUCUCAGUGCCCUUAGUGACGGUGACCAUGCCCUCCUUCGCCUUGGGUCUACUGAUCACCUUCAAGACGCAGAGUGGGUAUGAGCGCUUCAUUGAAGGGCGGACGUUGUGGGAACAUCUUCUGAGAGAGAGCCGGGCCCUUUGUAGCCGCAUCUUGCUGCGGGUGCCCAGCAGCAACGGGACCUUGUGCACGCCGGUCUUCGAAGCGCAGCGCAGGGCGGUGAAGCUCGUGACCUGCUUUCCCGUGGCCUUGAAGUAUCACCUCACUGAGGAUGGGUGCAAUCCCCACAUUCAGCUAGGUGAUCGUGCUCGGGAGGAGGAGGUGCAACGCGCCACGACGCGUGCCUUCCAGGCGGAGUUGGGACGGAUUUGGGACAUGACCUGCCCGGAAGAGCGCGCGAUCGUGGAUCGGAUCCUGACGAGCGCGGCGAAUCGGCCGCUGCAGAUCUUGCAUGAGCUCCAGCAUUUGAAUAGCUCUGUCUUCUCGGUGGCCAAGUUAGGCGGCUUGGACCCGCCUGCCGCCAAUGAGCUGGAUCGCAGCAUUAUGAAGUUGCACAACGUGUUGGGUGCCUGCGAGAAGAUCUUGCGCACGCCCAUCUACACGCCCUACACGCGGUUUACCAGUCGCUUUCUGUUUGUGUGGUGCAAUGCCCUGCCGGUGGCCAUGUUUCCCUUGCUCGGCCCGACCUUGACCGUUCCCAUCACCUUGGUGAUUUCCUUCUUCAUGCUCGGCAUCGAAGACAUCGGCAGCCGGGUUGAGCAGCCCUUCGAUGUGCUGCCGCUGUGGCAGUACUGCGAAGACAUCGAAAACUCCUGCAACCAACUCUUAGAGCACAGUCGCAUGCUAGGGCGCCUGCCCGAGCACACAGAGUCGUUGGAGAAUGCCAUGUUGAGGCAGCAGUUAGGCCCAUUUGUGAGCAGCAUCUCAGUGUGA